GAUGACCUGGUUACUUGUCUCUCCCCUACCACGGGUGAAUUGCUUGCCUAUAAGAACGAUGCCGCUCGGUCGGUUGGACUGGGAUUAGAUGUGUUUGAGUUCAACGCACAGGUGGACUUCCGAGCCGAUCUCGUGAACCCUCACGUGUAUGUGUGCUCACCCUUGGUCUUGGAAUUGUUCUGCGAUAACUUUGACUACCAAGAUAUGAAUGACUUCCUCCGGGGACUCAUUGACGAUGAUGUCCAGGGCAACAGGAUAUUUACCCAUAUAAUUGCCGCCGAAUAUUGUACUCGG